AUGCCUCAGGGCACAAACAAAGAAGUGGUACAGCCAGCCAAGAUUGCAUGGUACCCAACACCAACACCACGAGGUGGCAUGGAGAACAUAAAAAAUCACACCUUUGCUUUAUCUCGCUACACCUACGCAGUGCUGUCUACCUUAAAAUAUGCUAAUGGAGCACCCAUUGUGCGUAUCUACAGUGAUUCAGACUUCAGCAGUCCUGAUAUCCAGGGUCCAAUAAUUAAUUUUAAUGUACUGGAUGAAAAUGGAGAUGUAAUCGGCUAUUCCCAGGUGGACAAGAUUGCCAGUCUCUACAACAUACAUGUUCGUACAGGAUGUUUCUGUAACACUGGCGCCUGCCAGCAGCAUUUGAGCCUCAGCAAUGAGGAUGUCAAAAGGAACCUUCAGGCUGGCCAUGUCUGUGGAGAUGACAUGGAUAUAAUUGAUGGACGUCCCACUGGGUCCGUGAGAAUAUCAUUUGGCUAUAUGUCUACUUUUGAAGAUGCACAAACCUUUCUAAAGUUCAUCAUAGCAACCAGACUAUCUAAAUCAGACUGCAAGUUUCCCUCCCAAACCACCACAAGAGAAACUAUUUCACAGUCUGUCAAAUCUCCAAUACAGAAUGAUCAUACUGCCAAUAACAAUGCAAAAAAAUACUCUCUGAAAACUAUCAUCUCAGACAUGGGGCAUUGGAAUAAUUCAUCUGCAGCAUUGAAGACACCUGAGACUAGCAGGGCUGUUUCUGAGAGUGCUAUACCAGUAUACAGAAGUGGGAGCAAGCCAAUCACUGUCACCAACAUUUACCUCUACCCGAUCAAAUCUUGUUCUGCAUGUGAGGUUUCUGAGUGGCCUGUAGGAAACCAAGGAUUGCUGUAUGACCGAAACUGGAUGGUUGUGAAUCAGAAUGGCGUUUGCAUCAGUCAGAAGCAGGAACCUAGACUGUGUCUGGUACAACCCUUAAUUGACCUGGAGCAAAAGAUUAUGGUCAUUAAAGCAGAAGGAAUGGACCCCAUAUCUGUGCCUCUAGAAGAAAACACUGGAAGAGAAAUUCAGAUUGGUCAGAGCAAAGUUUGUGCACACAGAGUACAAACAUAUGACUGUGGAGAGAGAAUAGCAGAAUGGUUCUCUGAAUUACUUGGUAGCCAGUGUCGCCUGAUCAGGCAGAGUUCAGACUUCAAAAGAAAUGCAAAUCAGAAACAUGAAAAAGGUCAGGCUACAACAGUCUCGCUUUCUCUUGUGAAUGAAGCACAAUAUCUCCUGAUAAAUACAGCGAGUAUUUUACAUCUGAAAGAGCAAAUUACUAAAAGACUGAAAGAUCCAUUACCAACCGAGGAACUAAUCCAACGCUUCCGUGCCAACAUUGUGAUCAGUGCAACAGAGUCUUUUGAAGAAGAGAAGUGGACUGAGAUUUCCAUCGGUGCUUUGUGUUUCGAGGUUGUAGGUCCAUGCCACAGAUGCCAAAUAAUCUGCAUAGAUCCACAAACUGGACAACGAAACAAAGAAUUUCUGCAGACUCUCUUCUCCGCCAGAGGUAGAAAGACAAACUUUGGCAUAUAUCUAAUGAACCAGUCCUUGUGCUCAUCUCUUCCAAAUAUCUUGUCAGUGGGAUCUCAAGUAUUUCCAGUGUUGAAAGAAAAUGGAGAAAUUCCAAAUCCUCUAUCCAAUGAAGAAAAAACUUCAGGAUAGUGUCUUUGGCUGGACAAGUUGUACAUGCAUAAUUAAGCCUCUUUAACAAACACAUUACAUAUUGUCAUAAAUAGAUAGCUACGGGUUAAUGUUUCUUUUACCUGUAAAGGGUUAACAAAGGGAACCAAAC